AUGUUCUCGAAAAACUUGAUCUUAGCCGGCAUUCUCGCCGCAAGCCUUGCGUCCGCCAAUACCCUGCUCUCCACGCAGCAGGAGGAUACUAUCUACUCGUUGCCGGAAUCUGUCGAAAUCACCAACACUCGUAGCUUGAGAGCCAUACCGGAACCGACCGAAAUGGAUGAUGCUACGACCUGGACAUCUCCGACGCACGAGACAAAUCCUUCCGCUGCGUCGACACGAACUUACCGUAUGAAGCCUUACGAAGGUAUCGCUGGGUCACCGAAGUACGCUUCACAGUGCAACCACAUCGGUCAAGAAGGAGGUGCUGAAGCUGCACAUGGGUCUCAGUUGCUGAAUCUCGAUGUGAUCGUGUCCCUAGGGGUUGACAGUAUCCAAGCGUGUUGCAACGCGUGCGCCCGCACCAAGCUCUGCAUUGCAUUCACCUUCCGACCACUCUUGUGCGUGUUGGCACGUUUGAAGGACGACAAAUCUGCAACCAGUAAAAACGAUAAAAUCUCCACGAAGCAAGUGGGUAACUCGCAACAGGUUCUUGAAGUAGAUCCAAGUGUACAACAUAUUCCAUUGGACAUUUCGCAAAAGGAAUUAAGACCACCUCCAACAAAGAUUCCGAGUACUUUUCAGAUUCACAUUGGCUUAUCAGUAUUUCGAGACGGAUAUCGCUGUGGCAAGACUUUUUCUACAGCAUUAAAGCGUGCCGUGUAUCCUGAAAGACUGCGUAUUGGAAUACUUGAGCAAUUAGCAGACGGAGACCCCAAGUGUAUAGAUGAGUAUUGCAAGAUGGCAGUGGCAGAGUGGUCCGAUUAUCCUGAGUGUCGCUACAAGGACUAUAUUCAGGUAAAUAUACGACCAGCAGCUGAAGCUUCUGGGUGCACGACUGCACGUCACCAACAGCAACAAAUGGGGGGAGAUGAAGAGUUUUGUCUUCAAGUAGAUGGUCAUAGCAUUUUUACAAAUGGAUGGGAUGAAGUCAUGUUGAACGAGUGGAAAAGAAUUGACAAUGAGAUGGCUAUCUUGACAGUUUAUCCUCACAACCUGCAUGAUUUUAUCAAGGAAAAUGGAGAUAACAAUGCACCAGACUGGAUCCCACACUUGUGCAGCACGAUCAAAGGCAGCAACGGUCUUGUUCGAAUUGUUAUGGCAAGCAUCAAGUACAAUUCGGAGUUUCCCCAGCUGGAAGCUCUGUGGGGAGGUGGUUUGUCCUUUAGCAAGUGUCACGCAGAACGCAAUGUGCUUGUGGACUCGCAUACGCCGUGGAUUUGGGAUGGUGAGGAGUUUUUGCGCUCGAUAGAUUACUGGACGCAUGGUUAUGACUUGUACUCCCCUAGUAAAAUAGGCAUGGUCUUGUAUCACAACUACUCGCAGAAACCGGAGGAUUUUAGAAAUCUAUCGAUCCGUCAGCGAAGAAGCACGCACAACCGCGUCCGCCUCCUUAUUGCUCGCUCGUUUGAGCAGUACAUGAAGUUUGCAAACCAAAGUCUUGAGGGCUGGAUGAAUGAGACCAAUUCCUGUGGACAGCUGCAUUGGGUCCCGUACUCGGAUGUCACUGAGGUGGAGAAAAUUGCUGGCGACGGCUGGAAAAUGAAAGCUGAUCUCACUUUUACGCCAGUUCAAUUGGCCAACGGCUUAUUUCAACAACCGUUGCACCAAGUCGCACGAGAGAUGGAGGAAGAGCAGGUAGACGAGUCAAUGCAAUCUGUAGUAGACGCACACGUGAAGAAUGGCGCUAAGUUAGGCGACGAGAAGCCGUCCGUGUUGCAAGCUCUUUAUUUUAAGAACAAAGCGUCUAAUAUUCUGGCAUGGGGAUUGUUGAUAAUGGUGUUUGCAGCGCUCUUCGUGACGCUCUCCAAUGACAACACCUCCAAGACAAUUUGA